AUGCCUGCUUUGCCUUCACCUUACGCCAAAGGUGGGAGCAUAGUGUCAAUGCCUGUGGGGCCGGCCGUCCCUGCAGGGCCGGUUAAGUCGUCUUCAGGAAAGCUUGAAUCACGCAGGCUUGCAGGAGUGAGGGUCCCGAAUGCACCGGGGCAGAGCUGGGAUCAAAAACUCUCCGAAGCAAGGGAGGCGGCUUUGGCAAAGUGGCUUGGGAUUCUUGAGAGGUUCCCCGAGGAUUUUGGUUUGACUUUGUCGAUUCGGUUAGACCGGGAAAAUGGGCGAGAUGCCGACUUGAAGACCUCAUUGCAAGAUGCGAGCGUCACAAUCUCAGGCCGUGCCGGGCCUCUAGCCAGGUACGUCAAGCAUUGCCGAGGUCACCAGGUCGAUCCUUUCCCUGUCACCGAAGCCGGGGUCUAUGCUUUCCUUCAAGACUAUGCAUCACACGAGGCGCCCACUUUCGCAAGGAGCUUCUUGAGCAGCCUCGCUUUUGCAAAGUUCACUGUGAGCUUGAAGGUGAGCGAUGAAGUCUUUAGCCCCAGGGUUCGUGGGCUGUCGUCGAAGCUAUAUCUUGACAAGAGAAAGACUCGACAGAAGCCAGCUCUUAAAGUUGAUCAUGUGCGCAAGUUGGAAGCCAUUGCAUCUGGUUCGAUCAAUCUCGAACCCGCAGAUCGGGUCGCUGCCGGCUUCUUUGUUUGGACCCUUUACGCACGAGCGAGGUACUCAGAUGCCCAGGCUGCAGGUGCAAUGACUUGCGACUUGAGUGAUACCCCAGAUGGCGUUGUGGGAUACCUUGAGGCUGCUGUUGAGCGAAGCAAAACUUCGUUUUCACUGGAAAGAAAGGUCAGGUAUUUGCACAUGUUCGCUCCCAUCCAGGGAAUAGGCGAGGUGCCCUGGGGUGUUAAGUGGUUUGAGUUCUAUAAAGUGCAUGGGCCUCCUUUGGGGACGGGUAAGCCCUUGCUUCCGAGUCCGCUCUCUGGAGGAGGGUGGCAAACGGCGCCGCUGGCGGUGGCAAGUGCCACGAAAUGGAUGAAGUCACUCUUGAUCCGUGCAGGAUGCGACAGGUCUUCCGUCGAACCGCUUGGGACGCACAGUCUCAAGGCGACGACCUUGAGUUGGAGCGCCAAAUUCGGAUUAGCCCGCGAGGUGAGGGCGGCCCUUGGUUAUCACGCCAGGGGCCGUGAUGGAACCGAGAUCAUCUAUGGGAGAGACAACAUGUCUGCUCCUGUGCGCCGGCUGCAAGAGGUCCUGCUCGAAGUGUCACGCGAAAGGUUCAUGCCGGAUGCCGCCAGGUCCGGCUACUUCGUGAAGCGCUUUGGAGAUCCGGAGGGGAUGCCCAUUCCUCCUGACGAGGUUCUGUCGGAUUCUUCUUCCGAGGCCAGCGAGGAUGCCGAGGAUGUCGAUCAUGAAGCUGCGGAGGCCGCCGCCGAUGAGUUGGGGAGGCAAUGGGAGCCCGAUGCAGGCUUGCGGGCCGAGCUUGAGGCACUCACGCAUCGCAUUGUGUAUGCAUUAGAACAUGCUGACAUACUUCAUGUGACUUUUAAGCGGAUUGCUAGCCGGGUCCUUCUCCUGAAGAUGGCGAACUACUCUGAGAGCCAAUCGGUUCUGCAGUCACGAUUGAGCGUCGUGGGUUUCGCGGAAGGAGAUGUCCUGAAAAUUCUGCCUGAGGUGGGAAACUUGAGGAGGCUGGCUUUCAUUUCUUCUUUCACCCCUGGCCAGACAGACGAGGAGCCUUUGAUGCGGGUGUUGAAGGAUAUCUUGAAACGAGAUCUGACAAUCGCAGACAAGGCCAAUUGGCGUGCGGUGUACAAUGAGGCUUAUGCCAUCGUGACCGCGGAAAUGAAGCAGCGGAUCGAGAAGGCCGAUCCCGAGUCGACUGUCAGGCCAUUGUCGCAGCCUGAGAGGUCUGAGCGUUACGAGCGGCAGGCAAAGAAGCUUGUCGGAAUUUCGCUAAAGGGGCCUCUGGAGCCUGCCGAUGCACUUGUCGACCUUGCUGUGGCCUCCUACGAGGCGAAUGAGCUCAGGUACAUUCCGUGGGACCGGUGUGUGUCAAAGGAAGCUGAAUUGGCUGGCGAGAAGAAGCGAGAUGUUAGGUUCACGGUCGAAGAGUCCUCUGGCAAGCUUCGGAUUGAGCAUAAGCAGCCUGACUUGGUUGCGGACACUUCAUCAGAGAUUCUUGUUCAGCAGGCCCUCACGAGGAGGUCUCUGGCCAUGGAUCAGGCGAACCUGAUCGAUUUCAGUGUCUCCGACCAAUGGACUCAGCGCUUGAUGAAGGCUCGCAUGCAGACGCCUGCGGAGCAUUUUGUCAGGCCCACUUGGAAGCAGCUUGAGUCGGCGGAUCGGCAGCUGUUUGCCGAGCUUCGUGAUAAGACCAGGGCAGGAGUGCAGACCGUCGCAUCGGGUCGCCCGUUGGACACACUUCUGCCGGAUGUUCCCCAGAAGCCGGAUGCUCCCAAGUGGGAGAGGCCAUCUCCUUACACCAAAGGUGGGGGCAAAGGAAAGAAAGGCUGCUCGACGAAGGGGCAGAAGUGCGAGAAGGGCUUGCACAUCUGUGCAGUGCCUAAGUGCGGACAGCACAGGUGGAUGAUCUCCGAGAGGGAGUUCAUCGGUGUUGAUCGAGAGGAUCAUCACGUGCACAACGUUGGCUCUCACAGUGCCAUCGCCAGGCCAUCACCAGGUGUGGUGGAGGCCGCACGCAGCAGGUCCCCGAAGCCCCGUGAUGGGGCGGAGUCACAGAGCGGCACAGCGAGCUCUUCACUUGACGAGGGUCAUGUGAGUGCCACCGAUGUUCUGCGAGUCUUCGAUGGUCUUCCUUCGGAUGCCUUGAAGAGGGGUGCCGAUGCACCUCUCCCAACUUCGAAAUCUUAUGCCACGGGAGCGUAUGUUCUUGGUGGUAAUGUGGGCUUGAAGGCCAAUGCCUCAGCCAACCCGGAGGCGCUCAAAGUCUUUGCAAGGUUUGUGAGACAGCGUGCACCGGGGUUUAAAUUUUCUUCAAUAAAUAUAUUCGAGGAUGUUCGCACUGAGCGCCAUCGUGAUCAGUGGAAUGCCAACUUGCAUAACUUGGCGAUUGCACUGACUGAAUUCUCAGGUGGAGCCAUCUUUGUGGAGCAUGAAAACGGUCGGGAUGUAUCUGACCUUAAUGGUGCCCGAGGCUCUCGCUUGCAGGUUGCAAAGGGCCCUGUCCGAUUCAAUGCCAGACACAAUUGGCACUACACCGAGGCGUGGCAAGGCCGUAGAGUCUUGCUGGUUGCAUUCACAAUCCGUCAUGUCGAAUCCCUAUGCAAGGAACAUCUUGACUUUCUCCGCAAGUGUCAUGUUGAUGUUCCGGAAUGCGCGCCCGAGGGCGCGCGGUUGGCGCCUGCAGAAGUGUGUGCUCGUCAGCCGCCAUCCUUGACCUCUACUGCAGCUCAGGAGUCGCUUAGGCCCUUGCCCGCUUCGGUUGUCCCCGCCUUUUGCCCUAAGGAACCUGUGAGCGACCCUGGUAGUCCCUUGAAGCCCGGUUCUGCUCUCUAUGUCGAGAUAAAGUGUGGGUCCGGGCUGCUGUCGGCUCGGGUGCGGCGGGACGGAUUCCAAAUCAUAGCGCUUGAACAUUCUCGCCCCGCUGGGCGAGUGCACACUCACCUUGUCCCUGUGGACAUUGAAACUGAGUCGGGUUUCUCCUUUGCGCAGACUGUCAUCAGCCAAGACGCCCCUUUUCACGUGCAUUUCUUUCCUGCGACCAAGGAUUGUUUUAAGGCUACUUUUAGCGCCGGGCAAACCAUUCGCCUCGCCAAGCUCUUGCUUGCAUCUGAUUCGCAUUGGAGUGUCUUGCAUCCCCUGGCGUCAGCCCUGUGGAAACAGCUCGACUUGCCCGACAACCUCCAUUGCGUAGACUUCUGUGCAGGUUGCUACGGGGCUCCCUGUCCGGUAAAAAUGCGUCUGUGCACAACCCAGGCCGCGCUGGCUGGCAUGCCGGUGCCAGCAUGUCGUUGUCGCCCCGGGCCCCACGCUGCGGGCUCGCUUGCACCAAAUGUCUUGUACACACCCAAAUUCUGUGAUGUGUUUGCUGGCCUCCUGCAGCUGGCGGUUGGCCAGUCUGGCCUCUUACUUGAGCACGCUGUUCCACUGCAGAGUUCGCGGCAUUCUGCCGUCGCAGCCGCUGGGCGGCAGCCUCGAUUGUCAAAAUUCCAGCCGCAGAUCGCCGAGUUUAAGUGCCAGGCCACGGUCCGUGAGUUCCCGUGGCCCCUUCCUUUGGAUAAUAAAGGCAAUCUCACAUGUGCCGUAGGGUCCAUCCCUCCUGGCUCCCGCCUUCUUCGCGUUGUGUGUGAUCGGGGGGUCGUCGGUGCGAAACAGGUCGGAAGCCUGUCAGGUGUGCCUUCAGCAGUUACCUUUGGCAUUUACCGCACGGAACAAGAGUUUGUGGCUCAGGCAUUGCAUAUCGAUCAUCCCUUCGACUUGUGCGUGGCAGUCCCAGACUUCAUGUUGAGAGCGUUGGCUUUUACCUUGAAAGAGGGCCCGGUUGGUGUGAUGAAACACCGUCUGAAUUUGCUCCAGCAGUGGACUUCUUGGAAACGCGAUUUGGCUGGUGCCGAAGCAAAUCUGCAUGCUGCCAUGGAUCCUGGUGUAGCUUCUGUCAUGAAGGGCAAGAACAUCUUGCUUUUGGAGAAGAUUGCAUCAUCUUUCAGUUGGCCUGACACUGAAGUCUUCGAACACCUCAAGCAUGGGUUUCCUUUAGUGGGGGAGUCGAGUCCUUCUGGCAUCUUCGAUGUGGAUAGAAAACCGGCUCUGAUGACAAGGGCAGAGCUUGUGCAGCAUGCUAAAUUCCUUAGGCCUGUGCUGUGGGCGAAGGUGGCGAACGCGGAGGUGGACGAUUUAGCUCGGGAAGUGUGGGACUCCACACAGCAAGAGAUGCUGGUCAAGGAGUGGCUGACAGGGCCUUACUCGUGGGACGAGCUGCAAGCCCGUCAUCCAGAAGGCCGGCUUCCGGUGCGGAGGUUCGGCAUUGUGCAAAAAGCCAAGACGCGGUCGAUAGACGAUUUGGCCGAGAACUCUGUAAACUGCGCUUAUGCUGUUUCCGAUCGGAUUUCUUUGAGGGCCCUUGAUGAAUUGGUCUGGCUUGCGAUCACCCUCUUUAAGAUCUUCAUUGCAAAAGGCGAGGUGAGCAUCCCUUUGUCGGACGGUGACCAUCUUCGCUUUCCGGUGCAUUCUUUUUGGAGGGCCCUGAAGCCCGAUGCGCUUCAGCCGAGCUUGAAAACAGUGGACUUGAAAAGUGCUUAUAAACAGUUGGCGGUUUCUCCACGAGACCGCUGUCUGAGCAUAGUGGCCAUCAAGGACCCGGUUUCGGGGCUUGCGUUUGGCUUCGAGAGCCGAACCCUUCUGUUUGGAGCCACCUCGUCGGUGGUUUCAUUCAAUCGCGUUGCAAGAUUGCUCCAAAGGGUUCUGAUUGCGUUGCAGGUGCUCGCCUGCAACUACUUCGACGAUUACCCGGUGUUAGAGGUCUUGCCGCUUUGUAACAACACGCAGUCGACUAUCAGAGCCGCGUUGGACCUGCUGGGUUUCGCCUGGGCAGAAGAUAAGGAUCUUCCCUUCAGCCAUGAGGCCGAACUUCUAGGCGUUCGGGUUGACCUUGGUAGCUUUGGGGUAGUUAAGAUUGGGAAUAAGCCCGAACGUGCUACUGCCAUCGCUGAGGCGGUGGACUCCGUCUUGAGUGCGGGCCAUCUUGAUCCGAAGACUCUGCCGUCUUUGUUCGGUCGCCUCCAGUUUGCCGAGGGUCAGCUGCACGGGCGAUUGGGCAGAUUGGCACUGGCCGACCUUAGGGCGUGCACGAUGAGUUCUCAGGCCAAAGCCCUUGAUGCCACGGCUGUGCAGGCCCUUUGUAAUCUUAGGUCCCGGGUUCUUGGGGGUACCCCUAGGAUAGUCCCGGCCUGUGUGGGGUCUCGCCGUUCUGUGAUUUUCACAGAUGGAGCGUAUGAGCCGACGAAUGAAACUCACCCUGCCACUGUCGGAGGAGUCUUGUACCAUUUCGACAACGGCGCGUGGUGCACUUUCUUCUUUGCAUGUGCUAUCCCUUUGAGCGUUGUACAGAGCUGGGAGGCUCUCGGGAAAAGGCAUUUGAUAGGCCCAGUUGAGAUGUAUGCAGUGGUAUGUGCGAGAGAAGCGUGGUCGAAGCACUUGAACAUGCAGAGGGUGACCAUGUAUGUGGAUCACUCCGGAGUGUUGGCCUCUUUGGUGAAAGGCUCUUCAAAAGACCCUUUGUGGAGGCAACUCUUGCUGAUCUUUGAGAGCUGCGACGCUGAGGCGCAGCUGUGGCAGCCAAUGCUGACUAUUUUCGUCGAGGAAAGACGGUUGGUGGAGUGGCUCAGAGAUUCCCGGCAUGCCGUGGCCCUCUGUGGAGGUUUGUCUGUAGCCGUGGUGCUGAGGUGGUGGCUCCAGCCGAAGAUUGAACGAUUUCGUGCCGUGCCCGGAGCCUGGCUCUCCGGUGUGCUCCCGCAGUUUGGGCCAGGUGGCAGGGACAUCACCAAGAAACUCGGCGAGUUUUCGGCAAACUAUGGGGAGGAGGGCGUCUUCGAGAUGAACGUGGGCCGAACUCGGACUAUCGUCUGCUGCUCCUGGGAGGCCAUCAACGUGGUGCUGGCUCUGCGACCUUUCAGAGUGAUCAAUUCAGGCAUCAUCGCCGACCUCACCGAGGGCUUGUUUCAUGGCAUCAUGUUCUCCGAGGGGGACGAUUGGAAGCGCGAACGGAGAAUCAUUUCGCCGGCCUUCAACGCCAAGAAUGUGGAGAGCUACACACCGGCCAUCACUGAAAUUGCUGAGAAGCUCAUGUCCGUCUUGGAUGCCGACUGUCGAGCUGAGGCUGAGACCAACUUCUCCGAGCUCCUUCCUCUCUACGUCAGCGAUGUUCUUUGCAUGACCGCCUUUGGCGAAGAUCUCCGAAUGCUGGAGACGAGGGACAGCUCCUUGGUGAAGGACAUUGAGAAGCUCAUGAAUGGCAUCGGCAGUCGCAUGGCCAGCUGGAUUCCCUACUGGAAGUUCCCAUUCUUGGGCAGGCUGGAUGAAGGGGCACGAGCUUCUGCUCGCAUGGCGAAGAGGAUGGUGGACCUAAUGGAAAAGCAGUGCGGGCGGGGCGAUACAGUGGUGGAGAGGCUGCGGAAAAUGGAAGGCGACAAGUUCAGCUACGAGGAGCUCGUCAACAACCUCGUAGUCCUCUUUGCUGCCGGCUCAGACGUCAUCGAGCUAGCUUUCGGUUACCGCUAG